ACUCCCCUCCCCCUCUGCUCAUCUGCUCCGCAGCCUCGUCGAAACACUCAGACAAACACACGGCCGGAGAGACGGGAAAGAAACCUGAGAUACAGGCGAGACAAACAUGAGAGACACAAAGCGCAGCCGAUAUUGACUCCAGCGUGAAGCAUGACAGACUGGAGCGAGAGAUAGACAGCUAGAGGAGGAAGGGAGGGGUGAACAGACAGAGAGAGACAGACAGGAGGGAUAUGGCCCUCUUACACGUCUCUGCAGUCAAGCUGCACACCCUGGACUGAAGACUAUGCUGGAUAAAAGCGAAGUGUCCACUCUGGGUCUGCCGCCCUCGGUGAGCCAUGGCGGGUCAGACGGGAACAUCAGCGUGGAGGCAGGGUCAGAUGGGGCAGCCGGCGAGGUCCAGAGAACGCGAGCGGCGCUGGAACACCUGCAGCAGAAGAUCCUGAAGAUCACCGAGCAGAUCCGCGUGGAGCAGGAGGCCCGUGAUGAUAAUGUGGCCGAGUAUCUCAAACUGGCCCACAACGCGGACAAGCAGCAGGCAUCACGGAUCAAACAGGUGUUUGAGAAGAAGAACCAGAAGUCUGCGCAGACUAUUGCACACUUGCACAAGAAACUCGAGCACUACCACAAGAAACUCAAAGAGAUUGAGCAGAAUGGUCCAGCGCGACAGCCCAAAGACGUCUUGAGGGAUAUGCAGCAGGGGCUGAAGGAUGUAGGUGCCAAUGUGCGAGCAGGAAUCAGUGGUUUUGGAGGUGGAGUAGUGGAAGGGGUAAAGGGUGGAGUCUCGGCACUCACGCACACCGCCGUCGUCUCAAAACCCAGAGAGUUCGCCAGUCUCAUCCGCAACAAGUUUGGCAGCGCCGACAACAUCGCCCACCUAAAAGACACUUUGGAGGAUGGGCACCCGGAGGAGACGCCCAGAGCUCUGAGUGGCAGCGCCACGCUGGUCUCCAGCCCAAAAUACGGCAGCGAUGAUGAGUGCUCCAGCGCAACGUCCGGGUCGGCGGCCGGGAGCAACUCUGGAGGAGCGGGAGCGGCGAUGGGCAGCCCGCGACUAGACGGACAUCAUCACCAUCAUCACCACCACCACUCCUCGUCUUCCUCUUGGGAUGCACUGCUGGAAGGCCUGCAGGAGAUCAAAGUCGGUCAGGUACAUAUGGAGGAUGCCAUCGAGGACAUGAGAGCGCAGCUGCAAAGUGACUACAGCUACAUGACCCAGUGCUUGCAGGAGGAGCGAUACAGAUACGAGCGUCUGGAAGAGCAGCUCAACGACUUGACGGAACUCCAUCAGAACGAGAUGAGCAAUCUGAAGCAGGAGCUGGCCAGCAUGGAGGAGAAGGUGGCGUACCAGUCGUACGAGAGAGCGCGAGACAUCCAGGAAGCAGUGGAGUCCUGCCUCACCCGCAUUACCAAGCUGGAGCUGCAGCAGCAACAGCAGCAGGUGGUGCAGCUGGAGGGUGUGGAGAACGCUAAUGCCCGAGCUCUGCUGGGAAAACUCAUUAACGUCAUCCUGGCCCUGAUGGCGGUACUGUUGGUGUUCGUCUCCACCAUGGCCAACUUCAUCACUCCACUCAUGAAGACACGUGCCCGGGUUGGUGCCACCCUCGCCCUCGCGCUCUUCCUGGUCACACUGUGGAAACACUGGGAUUGGCUUGAGCUCUGCCUGUUGCCCAGCUGAAGAACGUGAACAAAAUGCACGUCCAGAACUCUAACGUAAACUUUAACUGUGACGCAUCCCUUCCAUCGUACCAACCUUGAAGGACGUACAAGAAAGAUCCACCCAUGGCUUCAGUAAGGAGAUACGUGGCCUGAAGAUGGUGCUGUCUGAACCGCAGGCCAUGGCUCUACAUUUCCUGUCUUUUCCUUCCUUCUUUUAGGGCUGCGCAAUUAAUAAGGAAGCGCAUCUUGUUAGUAAAGCCAAUUGUGUGAUUUAGUAGUAAAUCUCCAGCACAGGCUUUCAGAUGGAGCAAUGUUUAUUACACAGAGCCGUAUUUCUUUAACAACCUACGCAAAUAAACUCAAAAAAACUGUUUGCGAUAGUGACAGCUGUUUGCGUAGCUUCUCAGUGAACUACAGCUCUGCGCAAUAAAUGACAGCAUGUGAAAACGUCAUAACGUCAGUUGCGUGUUUGAAAUCCUUCUGUGAGAUGAUGUGGCUUCUUGCACAGAACCAACAUAUUUCACAGUAUUCUAUGCAGGGAGAAAGACGAUUAGCAUUGCUAUAUGAUAUACUUAUAAUAAAAGUAUAAUAAGACAAACUCAGCUAAUCAUAUAACAGUAUAUUGUCAUAGUUUUGUGUUUAUUAGUCACAUUGAAUCAAUGACAGCAGUUGAAUCUGUAGCGCUAUAGGAGUCUCAUGGCUUCUUCUGCGGGGGUAUAUUGGACUUUCUCUGAGCUUCAGAUGGAGAUUUACCGCUGAUCACAGAACCAUGCUUCACUGACGUAAUGCACAUGACAAUCGCAGCUUUUGCCCAAUCUCGACUGCGAUUUCAUUUCGAUUCAUCGCGCAGCCCUUGUUUCUUUCUUUUAUUUAGACCAAUGAGCUCCUCUUUGCUUUUACUAAUGAAUGUUAAAAAGAGCGGACACAAGAAAUAAGUCCAAAGGAUGGUUUUCUUCUGAUGCAUGGCUUUAAUACCGACACACGGUCACAUUAUAGAUCCAAACAUCUUCAUGACUGAAGGAACUCUUUCGUGCUGACACCAAAACUGUCUCAAAUGUGCUGCGUUUAAUUUGUUUUGUCUCGAUGGAACUCAGUGUCUGUUAUAUAUGAAAUAUCUCAUCACGGAGGAGAAUGAAACUUUUGUCAUUUUACGUUGUGUAUUGUUAAGUGAUUUUUGACGUAGGGCAGAGAGACAGAAGCGUAAUUGUCAGUAGUCAAGAAUCAAUACUACAUCUGCCAUCAGAACAUUUUUGUAAACGCAGUAAUAGUGUAACACUCACUGUUAGCAUGAUCAUAUUUCUCAUGUUUCUACCCGUUUGCUAAAUCACACCACCACUGUAUUCUUAAUAAAUACAUUUGCAGAUAUAGGC